CGGAUUCUUUCCCUCUCCACCGCCACCCUACCGCCACAGCUAGGUAUAAUUGAGGUCUAAAAAAGUUUCCAAUGACCAUGUCGGCUCGAAGUAGUAAAGCCACAAAACCAGCAGCCAGCGGAAGAAUUACUAACUUCUUCAAGCCGGCUUCAUCUCAGACACUAAAUGCCGGUUCCCGUAACGAGUCCACAAGGCAGGCUGCUUCCCAGGAAGGUGUCACUCGUCGCCAGGGCUCGACAAGUUUUGAGGAGGAUCCAACUAUCAGCUCACCAACCAGACAGCUUUUGCGGGAGAGCUCCGUCUCAGACGCAUCGACUCAACCAUCGUCAAUGCCUAGAGACCAACCAGCUAAACGACAGCGAGUCGUACCAAGCUCUGAUGGUGAGGAGAGUGAAGAUUCCGAUGGUCUCGAAGACCUUGGAUCGAUGUUUCGCGCCCGAAAGCCGCCAGCGCAAACCCCGCAAAAAAAGAAAGAACCGGAUGGUAUUGUUUUGCGGUUGAGGAACGUUACUAUUCCGAAAAGACCUCCUGAGAUGCCGAAGCCUCAGACCUAUAAGUUUUCUCUUGAUAGGAUUAUUGAAGAGCGAGCCAAGAGAUCAUCACUUGGUGAUGAUAUAAUCAAGGCACGUAAAAUGUUCGAGGAUGCUCAAAAGGAGACCCCAGAUGGAGAAGGUAGGACUAGGCCUUCUGAGGAAGAAAUAGGGAGCAAGCUUGGGGAAGGGCAAGCGAGCAAACUCUUAGGUGCUCUUGAUAGGAAGGACGCUUGGAGGAUUGAGAAAUCAUGGCACUUUUUUGACGUAGACAAGGCACGCAUCCCUAAGAGCAGAGUUGCUUUCCCCUUAGAAAACUUGAAAAAGGGUUGGGAAACAGCGAACCUUGCAGAUAUUCGGGUGCGUCGAGAGACUCUUGUGUCGGGCUUUGUGCGUGACAUGAUGGAAAUCGGCGUCAAGUUUUCUGACAAAAUUCUCGAAUGGAUGUUUAUAGAGAUGGCUUUGGAGAGCAAUCAGGAUCUGUCGUUCGCAUACUACCAAACUCUUUGUUGCUUGUCAACGGAGGAACUCCUUCAUGCUUUAUCUAGCCACGGGCUGGUGCAUAUAUUUCAGCUUCUGGGCGGGAGGGAGGAUGCCCUUAACGUUGAUGCGCCUGUUCGUCUAGGGCGGUCAUCUAGAAAAGAUGACGUUCCUCUUGAUUACUGGAAUAUCCAGUUGGUAGUCAAGUAUAUUGGCAAGAUGGCUCAUGGAAUAUCUUCGGAUGAGGAAGUGUUUAAAGAAGCAUGCAAACUCCUAGGCCGCCUUGCGCUUGACACUCUAUCAAUUGGUCACAAUUUCAUCUCCACAAUCAACGACCCAGACAUCCGCUACAACCUCUUGACCACUCUCCCAUGCGUCACCCCGCGUGCCCAUCUCUUCCGCCGGAGGCUAGCCCUCGCAUACCUCUUCCAAGACCCCACCUACCUCAGUAAAGACUAUCCAGACCUCGUCCGGCUCCAGCGCUUCGCCCGACUCCUAAAAACCAGCCCGACCUUUGAAGUCAACAACGACACGGACUACGACGAGCUCCGCGCGACCAUAUGCAUCCUGGACAUCGCCAUCGAUGACGGCCCCACAUCCGGUGAACCUAACAUGAACGAUCUAGAGGUAGAUGUACUCGUGGAGAACUUUAGGAACAUGUUCUCCAAGAUUAGGGAUACGAAUGCGCAGAAUCUGUCGAGGACGGAGUCGAAGGACGUUAUCGAGAGGUUGAUGUUCAGGCUCAGGUUUGGCGUGAGGAAGAGGGAGAAGAUGAACCUUGUUGUUGACACCGCUUUUGGCACGGAGUGGGCCGGAAAGGGCGGGAAGACACAGACGAAGUUGAAGUUGAAACCGAAGGAGAAGAUGGAGGGGGAUGAUAUAGGGGAUGAGGGGGUGGAGGGGGCGGAGUAGCGACUAUUGGCAAUAUCAUAAUGUGUUUUGGUUCCCUCUUCCCCCGCACUUGAUGUAUUCUAGUACUCAUACCUGAGGCUUUCCCUUCUCUCCUUUCUUUCUCAAAGUUUCUUUCUUUCUUUCUUUCUCUUUUGACCUCAUUCCCUUACCAAAAUCUUGCGAAAAUAACUGGCGUUAUGACUUUUUUUCCCCUUCUCUCUUCCCUUUCGCUCAUUAGGAGGUCAAGUUACUGUAGCUACCUCAACACCAUUCCGUUCCUACCAUCUAUCCAUCGACCCAUCCAUCGAUCUAUAAUGCCUCACUAGUCCUAAUGUCCCAAGCCAAGACCGAACUUUUCAUGUCUCCGCAUCGCACCACGCAUCGACAGCACACCGCAUCACUCACCCUCUCACUCACUGGGAAUUGCAGGUAGAACAAUUUAAAUGCGUCUAACACAUAUUACAUACAUAACCACCCGGUCGUCCACCAUUCGAGUCCUUCAAUGAUUCGGCAAGUGCUGAGGUGCAAUAUCAAAGAGCAAGUUGAUCACUGGUGUUGUGUCCGGAAUAAUCUCAUCUCCGGUGAGGACCGGAUUGAUGGCGUCCGGGACAGGGUGCGGUACCGUACGGUAGUCCGGCUAUGGCGGUUUUAUCUGGGGUGUGGCGACGUGUGUGCGCUCACUGUCCUGUCCUCUGCUGUGCUGCGAUUUGGUACGGUGUGGUACUAGUAGAGAGAGCGGGUGUAUAAUGCGUAUCUCGUGGAUAUGGUGGAUACGCAAGGUCGGAGAUUCCGGAUAGGGGAUAAUCUCGGCAGGGUUAGCAUGGAUAAAUGGGCGGUGGGAGUCAUGCUCAGAAGCUCUAUCACGCUAUGCUACGGCACGGAGAGAAAGUGGGGAGAGGAGUGAAUGCGGAGUCAAUGUUUCGGCACCAUAUGUAUGGUAUAGGAAGAGCUAUAGAAAGAA